AUGUGGGAACAAUGGUUCGACUACCAUCGAGACCAUGGUGGCGCAUUUGAAAUUGCACACGACGCAAAAUGUGGUCCCGGGACUGCUGCCACGGCCAUCAGUCCGCAUUUCAAAAAGGUGUUUGUAUCCGACGCCGGAGCCUCCAACUUGGGGACUGCUGAGGCCAGUCUUAAACCACGCGAGAAAUUCACGUUUCACCAAAGUCCUGCUGAGAAGACAGCCGAGUUGCUAUCACCAGCGUCCGUCGACUUCACAUCCAUCGGCAUGGCUUUCCACUACAUGGAAAGCGCCGCUACCGUGCGUGCUGUAGCUCAAACCCUGAAGCCGGGCGGCAUAUUUGCUGCCGUUACCUACGGAUUCCGUCUACUGUUCCCUGGCCGACCACGAGCUGAAGAGCUUUGGUACAAAACCACCAGCCGCGCAACACUGCGACUCAUGAGUGAAGGAAAGUUGUUUCCCGCAGCAAUGCGCGGUCUUGCACGGGCCAUGACCGGCCUGGACUUUGUGGCAUUCCCCUCAAAUCUUUUCGAGGAGGGCGUACGCCGCACAUACGUCAAUGUGACCAAAGGCGGGAAACGGCCACUCUACUUUGUUGACAACGAUCCGUCCCUAUGGGAAGAGGCCACAUGUGUGUCACCAACAGACGUAAUGGAAUAUGUUCAAGGUGUAACAUGGGGACGGCGAGCGGAUGUCGUGUGGUUGCGUGGCUUCUUGGCCAGCUCAUAG